AUGUCUGCCAACGGCGUUUCGGAUACCUUCCUCUUCACCUCCGAGUCGGUAGGUGAGGGUCACCCCGACAAGAUUGCCGACCAGGUUUCGGAUGCCAUCCUCGAUGCCUGCCUGGCCGAGGACCCCCUCUCAAAGGUUGCUUGCGAGACGGCCACCAAGACUGGUAUGAUCAUGGUCUUUGGUGAGAUCACCACCAAGGCCAAGCUCGACUACCAGAAGGUUGUUCGUGACUGCAUCAGGGACAUCGGUUACGAUGACUCGUCCAAGGGCUUCGACUACAAGACCUGCAACCUUCUCGUGGCCAUUGAGCAGCAGUCGCCUGACAUUGCUCAGGGCCUUCACUACGACGAGGCUCUCGAGAAGCUCGGUGCCGGUGACCAGGGUAUCAUGUUUGGCUACGCCACCGACGAGACCCCCGAGCUUUUCCCCCUCACCCUCAUGCUCUCCCACAAGCUCAACGCUGCCAUGUCCAAGGCCCGCCGUGACGGCUCCCUGCCCUGGCUCCGCCCCGACACCAAGACCCAGGUCACCGUCGAGUACAAGAAGGACGGCGGUGCCGUUGUUCCCCAGCGCGUCGACACCGUCGUCGUCUCUGCCCAGCACUCUCCCGACAUCUCCACUGAGGAGCUCCGAAAGGAGAUCCUCGAGAAGAUCAUCAAGACCACCAUCCCCGCCAAGUACCUUGAUGACAAGACCAUCUACCACAUCCAGCCCUCUGGCCAGUUCAUCAUCGGUGGUCCCCAGGGUGACGCCGGCCUGACCGGUCGCAAGAUCAUCGUCGACACUUACGGUGGCUGGGGUGCCCACGGUGGUGGUGCCUUCUCUGGCAAGGACUUCUCCAAGGUCGACCGCUCCGCCGCCUACCUUGCCCGCUGGGUCGCCAAGUCCCUGGUCAACGCCGGCCUCGCCCGCCGCGCCCUCGUCCAGUUCUCGUACGCCAUUGGCGUUGCCGAGCCCCUGUCUAUCUACGUCGACUCCUACGGCACUUCUGACAAGAGCUCCGAGGAGCUCGUCAAGAUCAUCCGCGACAACUUUGACCUCCGUCCCGGUGUCAUUGUGCGCGAGCUGGACCUGGCCCGCCCCAUCUACCUCCAGACUGCCAAGAACGGUCACUUCGGUACCAACCAGGACUUUAACUGGGAGAAGCCCAAGACGCUCAAGUUCUAA